UUUGCAUUGAGAUAUAUAUUAUUCUUCGAGAAUCCAUUGCUCUCCGAUCUCUACUCCUUUAAUUUAUCAAGAGAUCUACAGAAAGAUUAGUGCUUGAAGGACGAUGCUUUACUAGCUGGGUAUUUUUUUGCUGAUUGUAGGCCUAAUUUCGAGUUUUUUGUUUUGAUUCCACAAAAUAGCAAAACCAAAAUGUAUUGUUAUAAAGGCUUUCUGUAUUUUUCCUUUUAUUGUUUUAUCUCUAGAAAUGAUAAAUAUGUAUUGGGGAUUUAAUGCUGGUUAGGUUAAUCAAGUUUCUCAUUGUUUGCUUGAACUGUUACUGGAAUCUAUUGAGUUUUUCGAGUCUUCUUUAGAUUUAAUCCAAUGACCAAUUCUUCCGUGCUUAACUGUUUGUUUAUUUGAAUCUGUGGUUAUAUGUAGCUGCCAAGUUUAUAUAGUUUGAUCUGUUUUGGUGCUUUUUGUGCAUAAUUAUUAUCCAAUGAUUAAACAUGAGAGAGGAACCUUUGGUGUUGAGAAAGUAUAUCUCUAUCCUUGAAUUUGAUAUAGCUAGGACUUCAAAUUUGAUGUUCUAUGUGGAUUCAUGAAGAUUAGCAGUUGUGUUUGAAGGACUUACAUUUUUACUCUAAAGUACUUUGUUGGUUACCUUUUCUGCAGAUUUGAUCUCUUACCAUUUACAGGAUUAUAUGUUUUUGGCUAAUAAUUUGUCGAUGCAGAUUUGAUUUGUUUUGUUACCUCUCUUAACCUUGUUUCCAAGCAGUCUAGUGUCCCUUUCUAUUACCAAAACAUUAGGCUAAAUGAUGAACAUCAAUCCAAUUUCUUUGUACUCCAUUUCUUUUGCAUUAGCCUUCGUCUCAUUCUAUGUUCUAACCUAUUUUCGCACUCGGCACCUUCAAAAUCGAUGCCCACAAUCAUACCCUAUAGUUGGAAACCUCCUAGGCUUCCUCAGAAACCUCCACCGCUUCCAUGAUUGGGUAGGUGAAUUACUUUCUAGCUCUGACUCCCUCACGAUUCAAGUUAACGGUUUCCUUGGCCUCUCUCACGGCAUUUGCACAGCCGACCCUGCAAACAUUGAGCACCUCCUUUGUUCCAGCUUCUCUAACUACAUUAAAGGCACUCGAUUCAAAUCUGGCCUCGAUGAGCUCCUCGGAAAUGGUAUAUUCAAUGUGGAUGGUGAACUCUGGCUGGCCCAACGCAAGAUUUCCAGCCAUGAGUUUAACACCAAGUCUCUUAAACGCUUCAUCGCAGAUAUUGUCGAGUCUCAGCUCUCAAACCGGUUGAUUCCUUACUUGUCUUCCAUCUGUGACAGUGGCCGAGUGAUCGAUCUACAACAUGUUCUGCAGAGGUUCACCUUUGAUAAUAUGUGCAAUGUUGCAUUUGGAGUCGACCCUGCUUGCCUUGUUGAUUCUGAGGAAAUUAAGACCUCCUCAAACUCAUUGUUCGUUCGUGCUUUUGAUUAUGCUGUGGAAACAAGCUCGAAUAGACUAAUGCAUCCGUUUCCGUUAAUGUGGAGGAUCAAAAGAAGACUGAAUAUUGGAAGUGAGAAGAAGUUCAAGGAAGCUAUACAGAUCAUCAAUGACUAUGCUUUGAGGAUCAUUCAGUUGAAAGAGCAAAACCAGGAGGGCAGUCAGGAUCUGCUGUCGAGGUUCAUGAAUUCGUCGUCAACCCUUAAAUUUCACGACGAAGAUGAACAACGGAAAUUCUUGAGAGAUAUAGUAAUCAGCUUCAUUCUUGCAGGUAAAGAUUCAACUUCAACAGCUCUCACAUGGUUUUUCUGGCUAAUAUCGGGACAUCCUCACUGCGAGCGUGCGAUCCACAACGAGCUAUCCUCAUCAUCUCCCGGGACUCUCAGCUUCGACAAGAUGAAGGACUUGAACUACCUGCACGCCGCAUUGACGGAAUCUCUCCGGCUCUUCCCACCGGUGCCGAUAAAUUCGAGGCUAACGGCGUCCAGCACUACCUUACCUGAUGGUACGUACAUCGGAAAAGGUUGGUUUGCUGAUUACUCUGCUUAUGCAAUGGGGAGAAUGGAGCGAGUGUGGGGUGCCGACUGUAGAGAGUUUAGGCCGGAGAGAUGGCUGGAUGGAAAUGGCGUUUUCCGGCCGUGCGAUCAUGUCAAGUUUCCGGUGUUCCACUGUGGCCCGAGGAUGUGCCUUGGUAAGGAAAUGGCUUAUGUACAAAUGAAGUAUGUUGCUGCUGCAGUAAUGUCUGAGUUCGAGGUUGUCGCCGUGGAUGGCGGUGGAUGUCCGGUGAGGAUGGCGGAACCGCCGUAUAUAUUGUCGCUUCAGCUCAAGAUGAAAGGCGGAUUGCCGGUGGAGCUCCGGCGCCGGAGGAAGUGAGGUGAGUGUUAGCAGGUAUUUAUAACGACAAUAAAAGGUGAACGAGUCUUCUGCACUUGGUUAUAAUGUAUUGGUUUUAAAAAAGUUAGUAUUUAAUUUGUAAAUAAAUAAAAUAAAUAUACGAUAUAUAUGGACUUAGAUUUGCAUUCGAACAUGACACCCCAACAUCAAUAAGUUGAACCUAAACUACUAUUUUAGUUUGAAUUAUAAAUGAGCAAAAUCAAUGAUGUAUCCAUAACAUAUUUUUGGUUAAACUCAAACAUGUACUAAAGUUUGUUUGUUCAA